AUGAAGAUCGACCACGACAUCACGGCACACCUUGCCGCCCUCCCAGGCUCCGCAGCCCUCCUCCUCAUACCACUGAUCUACCUCCUCUACAAAUACACCUGGGCCACCGACAUCCCGCACAUCAAAAACCUCCCCUCCAUCCCCGGCGCCGUCCCAAUCUUCGGCCACCUCCUCAAGCUCGGCGACGACCACGCCUCCGUCUGCGAGCGCUGGUGGCGCAAGUACAGCCACUCCGUCUUCCAAAUAAAACUCGGCAACACGCGCGCAGUGGUCGUAAACUCCUUCACCGACUGCCGCAGAAUGCUCCUCUCGCACCAAAACGCCCUGAUCGACCGUCCAAAGCUCUAUACCUUCCACGGCGUCAUCUCCAGCACACAGGGGUACACAAUCGGCUCGUCGCCUUGGGAUGAGUCGUGUCGCAAGAAGCGCAAGGCUGCGGGCACUGCGCUCGGACGCCCAGCGCUCCGCAAUUACCACCCCAUGUUCGACCUCGAGAGUUACUGUAUCGUCCGCGAUCUGUUCCGCGAUAGCAAGAACGGCGAGAGCGAGGUUAGCGUGCGCCCGUAUCUGCAGCGGUACGCGCUCAACACGACGCUGACGCUAUGCUACGGCAUCCGCAUGGACGAGGUCUACGACGACCUCCUCCGCGAGAUCCUCCACGUCGGCUCAGCCAUCUCGCUACUGCGCAGCGCGUCCGAGAACCUACAAGACUACGUCCCCCUCCUCCGGUACAUCCCCAACAACGAGAAAAAUGCCCGCUCGAAAGACCUCCGCCGCCGCAGAGACAAGUACCUCGAUCUCCUCCUCAACCGCGUCCGCGCGAUGAUAAAGAAAGGCACAGACAAACCUUGCAUCUCCGCCGCGAUCCUCAAAGACGAAGAGACCAAGCUCUCCGGCGUCGAGGUCUCGAGUAUCUGUCUCUCCCUUGUCUCCGGCGGCUUCGAGACGAUUCCUGGCACGUUGACCUCGGCGCUGGGGUCGCUUUCGACGCCUGAGGGACAGGUCUGGCAGGAUCGCGCGUACGAGGAUAUUAAGCGGUAUUAUCCUGAUGUCCGGGAUGCGUGGACCGCUGCAGUGACGGAGGAAAAGGUGCCGUACGUCAAUGCGAUUAUCAAGGAGGCGGGGCGGUACUAUACCGUCUCGUCGAUGAGUCUGCCGCGCAAGACGGUCACGGAGAUCCAGUGGGAUGGCGCGGUGAUUCCGGCGGGCACGAUGGUGCUCUUCAAUGCGCAGGCUGGGAAUCAUGACACAGACCACUUCGGCCCAACAGCCAACACAUUCAACCCGGAGCGCUGGCUGUCAAGCCUCAACCCGCCCACGGAAAUCCCAUCGCAGGGCCUAGCGCAUCUGAGUUUCGGAGCCGGGUCGCGCGCGUGCUCCGGGCAAUUCAUUGCGUCGCGGCUGCUGUACUGCGCUCUUGUGCGGCUCUUGUGCAGCUAUAGGAUUGUGGCUAGUGAGGAGGCGCCGCCGAAUACGGACUACGUGGACUAUAAUGAGGUGAAGAGUGCGCUUGUGGCGAUUCCGAGGGAUUUUAGGGUCAAAUUGAUACCCAGGGAUACGGAGACUACGGAGGGGUGUUUGGGAUUGGCGGAGGAGAGGACGAGGGGGUAUUAUAAGGAGGAGUAA